AUGCAACUUGUGCCGAGUGCGACUCUAUAUGAAACAUGCAAUACAAGCAAUGGAACUUCCUGCACAGCUUGUGCAGAAACAACACAUAUGUCAGCUUCUCAGAAUGCGAAAGUCCUGGUAACUCAACUCUCAAUUGAUCUUAAACAGCCAGAUCGUCAACAUAGUCUGGAAAUAUCGAGAUUAUCUGAUAAAGCAGCUAGAUCCUAA